AUGCCAGGAGGCCCAAAGCAAGAGAGACGAGUGACAUUAGAGAGCCGACCAACCCGCGAGUGGUACAGAACGUGGGUAACUUAUAGCAUUCCUCGAGUAGCAGCAAAUGCCGGAGAUACGACCACCAAUGAAGAGGAAUCCGACAAUUACGAGCUUCGAGCCAUUAGAUUUUGGAGGUUCUUGCAUUACCUGCUGCUUGGGAUGAAUCUCAUGAUCGCCUUCUCGUGCCUCGACUCCAGGAACUCACUAAAUUUGAUGAAUAAACCCAUUCGAGCACGCCGCGAUAUUGCCCGUCUCUGGAAGAUCGCUUGCUUCAUGGACCUCGGAGGAACUUCGGUCCGCCUGUCGGCGCUUAUUGUAUUUGGCCAAACAUUUACCUCCCGCGACAUCCCACAACAAAUAAAGCCAUAA